GAGGAAACAAAGAAAACAACACCAAAAGCAGAAAUUAUAAAGCAUCCUAGAGACUUGUAUCAAAGUAGACUAAAGAAGCUACGUGAAAAACUUAAAAAAGAUGGUCAUCUAGAUAGCAAUAUUCAGCUAAGCAAACGUCAAUUGCUAUUACGAUCAGUAUACAGCCGUGAUGUUCCACCGCCAGAUCCUGUCCAAUCACCAGAAGUAGAACAAAAAGAGAUAAAGAAAAGCCCACCGCCCAAAUCCUAUAUAUCAGAUUGGCGAAGUCGUGACGAAAUUCCGGGAUGGAAACAAAACAAGUUCGCUAGUUUGGAGAAACGAAAUUUUAAUCCAUGGGCACCAAAAAGGAAAGUUUCUCGUGAAGUGAUGGAAAAGAUUCGUUGGUUGCAUCGAGAGUUGCCAAAUGAUUUCACGGUGGCGAAACUCGCUGAAGAUCAUCAAAUUUCUCAGGAAGCAGUGCAUCAGGAUGCAGAGAAUUACAGGAACUAA